GUCAAUCUGGAAGCUGGGAGGAACCAAGGAUUCGAAUGCUUGGGCUCUAGGAGAGGAGGAAGAUUGGGAAUUCGUACUGCUGGGUGUGAGGGAGGAGAUUGGGAGCCGAGAAACCUGCGUCUGAAGAAGGGGGCUAGGGCCUUGACUCCUAGGUCUGAGAGAAGGGCUGGCAUCUGGACACUGGGUCUGAAGGAGUAGAGACGGGGACCUGGACGUGGUGAUGUGAUCGAGGAGAGGUGGAGUCCUGGGCUACCCUCUAGUUUGUUUGUGUCGGAGAUGUAGAAGUGAUGUGAACACAAAGAAUCUUCCUGUUAUCCCCAACUUUAUUUUUGAAGAUCAGUGUACUGGGAUGGAUUUUAACUGAUUUCCUAUGACAACACAGCUUCCUUGUGACUUCACCAGAGUUAAGAGUCGUGGGCAAAACCCUCGGAAUUUAUUGGAGGUCCACAGAGGUGCAUAGUCUACCACCCCCAAGCUCUAGUAGUGGACGAUGGCAGUGGUCCCAGGACCGGAGAGAGCCUCGGAGUCUAACAAAAGAGGGCCUCCUCUCCCAUCCCGCAAUGUGGCAUCCGCUGAUCCUGCUACUGCUGCUCCCGUCCGCCCUGGUGCCACCCUCCUCUGCGGCCCCUAUCCGCGAUACUGACCCCCAGGAGAUAUCCUCGGGUUUUCUAGGCCUCCAGAGCCUACUCCAAGGCUUCAGUCGACUUUUCCAGAAAGAUGACCUGCUACGGGGUCUGGACAGCUUCUUCUCUGCACCCAUGGACUUCCGGGGCCUCCCCAGGAACUUCCACCAAGAGGAGAACCAGGAGCGUCACCUGGGGAAUAGCACCCUCUCUAGUCACCUCCAGAUUGAUAAGGUACCCAAGAUGGAAGAGAAGGAAGCCCUGGUGCCCCUCCAGAAACUCAUGGACAACUUCCACCCAGAACCCCAUCCCCGGGUAUCCUUCUGGAUCAUGAAGCUGCCUCGGAGGAGGACCCACCAGGAUGCCCAGGAGGGUGGUCGCUGGCUCAGUGAGAAGCGGCACCGUCUGCAAGCCAUCCGGGAUGGGCUCCGAGAGGGGACCCAUGAGGAUGUCCUGGAAGAUGGGAUCCAGGGCUCCUCCCACUCUAAACUGCCUGCCCGCAAAACCCACUUCCUAUACAUCCUCAGGCCCCCCCAGCAACUAUAAGGGUGGGGACCAGGAGCCCAACACCAGAUGGAAAUAAAGUUCUUCUUACA